GAGGAAGAUGCGGAGACACCAACCAACGCUUUUCUCCCUCACGGAGCAGGAAGCGAACGAAGACGAGGACGCGGACUGGGACCAGCCCCCCGUUCCCACGCGAUCGCUCUCCUCGAACCGUUUAUCUAUCCCUCCCACCAUUCGCAGAUCAACCAAGACUCCGAGGAGUCAGAAGCCCUCUCCCUACGCCAUCACACCAGGCGCACCCCAGUACUCAGACAUAUAUUCCCAGUUUGUCCGCAGAUAUAGGUCGGCAGAUCCCGCUCUAGACGAUGACCUACAUAACGACCCAGAUAGUAAUUACUUUCACCGCGGUCUUGGCCAGCUCACAGACGCGGGCGACAGUGAUGACGAAGACCCCCGCCCAUCCAUCCUUUCAGACUCCAUCGAUGGCCACCCCUCUCAUGGCCUCGAUCUGGACGCCGCCCUCCCAGAGACCGCACAGGAGCGCGAGCGGCUCGAAUGGCAGACUAUGCUUGCCUCCGUGCUAGACGGCGACGUGCUUAGAUCCGAGAAGACGCGUAUCGCCGUCGCCCUUGAAUCGUCCUCGGAAGAGCAGAACAAUCCCCAUCUCAACAUAUGGCUCGGUCUCCGCGCCAAGUUCGCCGGCCGCUCGGAGGUUGAAGAGCGCAAACGUUUGGAGGAACGCCGAAUACGGAUCGUUGACCCAGUCAUACAAGAAAUCAACACUUUUUGCCUUCGCGAUGAUGAGCAGGACCCUACGGUAGCUCUUAAGCGCGUCAACGCCAUCCUCCUCCGCCUAGAUGCGGCCGAGUCAUUGUAUCCCAACCUCAAAGCCUUCUAUAUGGACAAGGCGCCGGCCAUGCAUCCAACGUUUCAGUCCCGCUGCGAUACCCUGAACACUUGGUCCACUGUACUUCUCUCUCUGAGACGUCAUAUCGCCUUGCUGCAGCGCUGGACGGGCAGUGAUACGCUCGAUGUCACAGCUCCCAACACCAGCAAUGAAGUCCCGAUCACUAAUUUCCCAAUGCAUCCAGAGGCCAACGGGUCUGCCGACAAGGCGGAUAGCACGACCUUCGUAGAAAGAGUUCUCAAAGAGGAUUCCAUCCAGAAGACUUUCGAGAAGGGUUUCUUGACUACUGUCCACGCGUUUAUUGGCGCUGCCCGUGAUGCGCAGGUCAAUCUAGCGCUGCUGUUUGAGGAGAUGAAUCUACCAACCUUCGAGAACGAGCUUGUUCCACUUAUCUCAUUCCCCACCAAGCUUGCUCAGGCCGUAUUGCGCGUCCGGCUCGACUACGUGCAACGCCUUCGCGAACCGGAGGUCCUCAUCAUCGAUCAGGUCACGGAAGAUUUGAAGCUUAGCUUGGGGCUUGCUUGUACACUGAAACGCCAGUACGAAGCAUUUCUGUCCCCGGAUCCCGGUGGGAAGUGGGCGCUGCCACGAUGUAUAAGCGAAGACUAUGACUCUACUAUCUUAGAAGCGAUUUCUGUCUUUUUCAGACUCAUUCAUUGGAAGCUCAAGAGCGGCGUGAAAGGCAUCUACUUCAAGGAGACUGAUGUCCUCGAGGCGCAAUGGGCAACUCUAAACGACGUCAGUAUGACCGUCGUUGGGGGCUCGGCCGUUGUGGCGGAGCAAGUCUGUGCAUUGACGAAUAAGCUCAUGGUUCGUGUGGCCAACUACUUUGAGACGCAGGUUCGCGUCCCCUUCGUGACCGACUCGCCUAUAAAACAUCGGCAUACCUCAUCAUUUUCAAGCGAUUCGGGAGACAGCAUGAGUGAGGAACAGAAGGUUUCAUGGUACAGCAAAGUUUUGGACAACGUACGGUUGCGGUACCGUAAGCUGCAACGGUUUGCGAGAGCGCUCACUCAAAGGUUCAGCAACUCAGCCGAGUAUAACCUCGAGAACAUUAUGCUUGACUCCUUUAUAUCGAACCUCGUCGCUUCGGAUCACUUUCUCGUCUAUACACAAACCUACGAGGAAGAUGGCACGUACAUCGUCGCUCCAAGUUACCUGCGCGAACGGCCUGAAGCUAUUAGGCGAAUUCUCUUCGAAUCGUUCCAUGUCAACGAAAUCAUGACAGACGACGGCUUGCCCGUUCUCGAGAAUCCCGACUAUGAUGGGAGUGACGAGGAGGGAAUCGGCUACCUCCUCGUUCUCUCUCCACGCAGUCAAUUCCUCUGGAAUGGGCUUGUCCUGAUGCUUGAGCUUCCGAAGCUGGACUUGGAGCUCAAGGAUAACCGGGUUCGCUUGAUUGCGGAAGGUCCACAAAGGCGGCUUGCGCUUGCCAAGCAGCAGUUCACCGACAUUUUCCUUCCCAUUGAUGAGGAUGAGGAGGCACUGGAACCUCAGCUCUCUGCACUUCCCUGCCUUAUUGAACAGCAGGCACAUUUGCCAGCAGUCAACCGCGAGCUGCGCAAAAUUGCUCGAGCUACGAACAAGCUUGCAGAGUCCAUCGUCGACUCUGUGUCGCACGUCCGCAAUUCCCUCCGCGACUCUGAAGGGUAUCAGGAGCUUCUGGAGAACUGGUUCCUAUUCGCAACAGAACACGGUCAACAUGCCCAGAAAUACAUGGAGCGGGGAGCUUUGGAUAAAUUCGACCGGCUUCUUAUCAGAUUGGCCAUCUCGUGGGUUUCAUUCAUCUGCGACGAUUGUGACCCGACCGAUAGGAAAACUUUUCGUUGGGCAGUCAACGCUUUGGAAUUUACGCUGCAUCGGACACGGCGGAAUAAUAUCCUGCGGAUGCAUGAUGAACAAUUCGAGAUGCUUCGGCAAAAGGUGGCCAGUUGCAUGACUCUUCUCAUCAGUCACUUCGACAUCCUGGGCGCCAGGUCAAACCUCGUGGCGAAGAAAGAGAAGGAAAGACAAGACGAACUUCUCCGGGAGCAAGCCUCCAUCCGACGAGCAGAAGAAGAGCCGGCCAUCGUUCCCGCCAAUGAAGAAGAACUUUUGAAAGGCGUACACCUUGCUUACACCGACCUCGACUUGCGAGUCUAUUGGGACAAGAUAUCCCGAGCGGUAUCCUACUUGGACUCUACCCGUGCUGAGGCUGGCGCUGAGCAAAGAGCUGUCGGCCGUGUCCUGGACGACGAGAAACCUGAAGACCGGUCGCUUGUCUUCCUCGCUUCCUCCAGUUCUAACAUAUCCAUUCGGUGGCAGCAGCGGCGGUUCAUUGGUGCUGGCGCGUACGGCUCUGUGUAUCUCGCUGUCAAUCUUGACUCGGGAUCCUUGAUGGCCGUCAAGGAGAUCAAGUUCCAAGAAGCGUCCGGGAUCACCAGCCUCUACGCCCAGAUCCGAGACGAGCUGAGCGUCAUGGAGCUGCUGCAUCAUCCAAAUGUCGUGGAGUACUACGGCAUCGAAGUUCACCGCGACAAAGUCUACAUUUUCGAAGAGUACUGUCAGGGCGGCAGUUUGGCUUCGUUGCUUGAACACGGACGGAUUGAAGACGAGAGUAUCAUCCAGCUUUAUACCAUGCAGAUGCUUGAAGGUCUUGCGUACCUGCACUCCAAAGGCAUCGUGCAUCGUGAUAUCAAACCCGACAACAUUCUUCUCGACCAUCGCGGUGUCAUCAAGUAUGUCGACUUUGGCGCAUCCAAGAUCCUUGCCAAGAAUCGCACACUGCAGAAGUCUCGCCGUGCUCCAGAAGGCCCUCUUGGACCGGCAGGCCAACUUGGUGGUGGCCUUGGUGUAAACAGUUUGACAGGAACACCGAUGUACAUGUCCCCCGAGGUUAUCAAGAACGAUAAGAGAGGCCGGCACGGCGCUAUGGACGUGUGGUCCUUGGGUUGUGUGGUUCUGGAGUUCGCGACGGGCAAGAAACCCUGGAGCAACCUAGAUAACGAAUGGGCCAUUAUGUUCCGCAUCGGCGUUGCAACCCAACACCCUCCUCUUCCAGAGCCGGGUCAACUGAGCGAAUUGGGCAUUAGUUUCAUCAAGCAAUGCCUCACCAUCGAUCCUAUGUUAAGGCCUUCUGCCGUAGAGCUUCUCGACCAUCCAUGGAUGGUUGAGUUCGGCGAGCAACUUUUGGGCUAUCGCGACGAACAGUUAGUGACUAGUCCACCGGUCGAAGUACCUCCCGAAGAGGACUAUGAGCUUGCACGAGUAGCACAUCAAGCUGCGAUCGCUCAGGAGAAAGAGGUAGAGGCAAUCCAGAUACCUUCCCCCUCAAUGUCCUCCAUUGGCACCCCGACGCCAGAGGGUGAGGAGUAAACCAGCCAGCCGGUCUGAUUUUCCUUGGUAUAGAUCAGGGUUUAUGUCGCCUUUCUUUCUUUCACGCACUGUACAUUAUGCAAUGUUGUUUUGAGCUUUCACAGCUCCCAUGUAUUGUCUUCGUCGCAUCUACCAUACACGAAACUAAAGGUGUACCUGACACAUGUUUUGGGGUCCCCCAUACUCCCAAGAAACAAUAAAUAUACUAGGAGAUACAUUAUCUACAAAUGCGCGUUGGGUCAUUCAAUGACCCAGCGCGUCGCCUUUUGAAUCUGGUGCGAACCCGUGGUGGUGUGGGUGAGGGUACUUGAUGCGCUGCGGGUACUGCUCUGAGACAAAGUGCGACGGGGGGCAAAAGGUGGUGGUCGGAUCGAAGGGGCGGUGGUUUCGGCUAGCGAUACGCGCUUGGCAAAAUCUUCGGAAGGAAGCUGGGAAUGUACGGGAGCGCCUUGGUAGAUGCCAGGAGGAGGAAUAGGGUAUUUGAAGUCAUCGCCAUAUAUUCCAGAGUAGGUGGUGAGCGGCCGUUCCUUGGAGGGGAAAUCGACCUUCUCUGGAUCCUCGCCUAACGUGACAGGGUAGAAGUCUUCCUGACCGGGGUCGUCCGAGUGCA